UAUAGGAUGAUUGCAUUCACCGAUUCCCCUCCCGUCGUCGUUCCUCGGUGCGUCGAUUGGCUGUUGUGGAAGAGGAGUCUCCUCUUGUUGCUGAGGCGGUUGCACCAUUGUUGUCGUAGUGCUGAGAUUCAGCUUGGGUUGAUCUGUUUGGGUGUUGGGGUUGGUGUUGGGUCUGCUGCUUUGGGUUUUGGGUUUUUGUUUUGUUUGGGUUUUCUCUGCUGGUGUAUGUCUCUUCAGAUCGUUUCCUCUGUCCCGGUUGCCAUUUUUCAGCUCUGAGCAACCCGAUCUCAAUCCUGUCCACCGCCGCGCAAUCCCUCGUCGGCGAUUCACUGUGAUGGGUGUCUUUGAACUACCCCCAGAAGGCGGCAUAUGGUGUUGCUUUGCUCAAUUUCCAUGGUCAAGGCUGGGUUUGGGCGAGCUGAUCUUCUGCUGUGUCUCACUCUGUUUGAUGCGAUUACAAUGGUUGCUGGAUCCUCUGUUUUCUGCUCAUGUAAAGGGUUCCCCUGUCUUUC